UUUUUAUAUAUCUCAUCAGUUCUAGAUUUCUGUCCAACAUGACUGACAUAUCGCACAGUGAUGGGGAAUUGUUUCACAAAAUCGAACGACUGAUGCGUGAAGAUCAGACCAGAGUUCGUUUAGGUUUCGACAAAGCAGCUGCCUUCAUCAAUGGAUUGUUUUGUGAUCUUUCAAGCAUUGAUAUAAGGUUUGAGUUUGAUCCAGUAUCGUUGGAUGAUUGCCGUUGUGAGAGAGUGACACUGAACGAGUUCAAUUUGAUGUGUACGCUCAAACAUUUGCCAUAUGAAGAAAUGAGUUUGGAAGGAGAUGCAAGAAGUGGCGCUGUCAAGUUGAAAUUAGCGGAGAGUUAUAGCGAUAGGUAGGUGAGCUUAUAAUUUCGUCUCAGUAAAUUGACAUUUUACAAACUCUUAUAUCACCUUAUUCUUGGCUAACUGAAGCUAGAAAUUCGUGGCUUCAGCCGCGGUUGCUUCCGUCACUAUUAAUUUGGUAUAACGUAUUGAAUGUCCAGUGAUAGACAUGUGCAUUUUAUCCUAUUAUAGUUAUGAAAAAGUAGUACACAUAGGCUGUUAGAACACUUUUAUUUCGUCGGUUCUUCCACUGCAAUUGACACUGGUAAAGCCAUCGUAUUCGGUAUAAAAUACUUAUAUCAUACCCUGGACACAGAUAUACGGCUCUGGACUGGUUCUAAGUCCCUGUACAGACGGGCAAUUUUUCCUAGUGGCAAGUCUUCCUUGACAAAUUUUAUUUGAUCGUGCAGUGUACGGCAAAAUUGACAAUUUUUUCUUCCUUGCCAAGGAAUUAUUUUGCUCCAAAGCAAACAUGUACAGCCGCCAUGGAAAACCUACAAGUGUACAAGAAAUCUUUCUUAUGAUUUUGGCAAACACUAAAAAGGCGGCCUUGACGUGAGAUUUUAAACAACAUUCCGUGCACAUGAGCAACAAAACUUGUCAAAGGAAAGUUGUCAAGGAAAACGAGUUUACCAUACAUAUGAUCGAGAAGGUUAACUUGUCAAGUCAACUUGUCAAGGAAAAUGGGGAUUAAGAUAUAGAUUAGACUUUUAGCGGCUGCCAAAAGUGUUUAAUUUAAAGCUCGACCUCAGAUAGUUUUAUUGUCAUAUAUAGUUGGUGUAUUAAUUACCUUUACUCCUGAACAAUCUUUUUCAGAUAGUUUAUAAACCAACUACUGUACGGUAGAUUAUUGUGGAAUGCCACCUAUACGUUGUGCGAUUACUAGUAUAGUUGUGAUUUCAUUUUUUUAAACAAGGCUCUUUUCAUUUAGUUACGACAAAGCAUGCUGGGAAGACGUGUGUACUCGAUAUCCUGGGUCAAGAGACCGUUAUCUGGACACAAAUAAGAUUCGCCUUGCCUUACAUCGGGCAGUAAGAACAAUCUUAAAUUGUGAAAAUCAGGAAGGUGCUUCGAUAAUUUGUGAAACUAAAUCUGGGUUUAUCACCUUGAUUGUAAACCUGCAUCUCAAUGGCAUCUAUAGAUUCAACCUACUUCCAGCAAUGUGGGUCAGUAGGAAAUGUUUAGCCUUGAAAAAAUUUGACGAAAGAAUCGCUCAUGUCUUUGAUGUACUUGACCACAGAGAUAGCGUUGAAUGUAUUCAAAUUGUUGCCCGACCGACUGCAGCGCUUGCACAUACGCUGUGGAGAAUAACAUUCAAUGAUUUGGAAAACAGAAUACUUAAUCUUGAUAAAUUCUUCUGCGUUCAACAUUGCAUUUUUGCCAUACAUUCACUUCAAAAGAAAUAUCUCGUUGCUAACAAUCUACCAAGUUUAUCGUUGUAUAAUAUUCGUUUGCUUACCUUACGUGAAAUACUCAAGAAUCCAAAACCAAAAGAAUGGAGCCCAGAAAAGUUUUCUCUUCGCUUGGACUCUUUAUUGAAGUCAGCCAGGACAGCUUUAAACGAGAAAAGCAAUAAUAACGUGUUUACUCAUGUCAAUAUUUUGGGAAAUUGUCAUAAGAAGGAUUUGAAGUUUCUUAGUCGAGAGUUUGGUCGUGUGAGGAAAUUUUACAAAGAAAUGAUCCUGCGUUUGUCUUGAAAGACACGUAUAUAGCAGUGUAGGAUUAAUUUAAGUAUAUAAUAUUUGUACAAGUCCAAUAUGCCAAAUUGGCCGGCCCAAAAUGACUAAAACUGCUUUGAUAGUGAUUCUCACUGUAGGCAUAGCUAAUCAUCAAUUAGUAUUUUAACAACAAAAUAUGGUAUGGAAUGUAUGAAACGUCAAGAUUUUAUAUUCAUUAAAUAUUAUUAAUAUCUCGG